UAACUGAACAUAUAGAUACAGAGUAUUCCAAGGUUUAACAAGGGUUUUUAGGUUUUUUCAGUGGCUCCUACCCUGCAAAUCUUCCCCAGUUCUGUAAUGACAAUCUUUCUUCAAAUGUUUCAUAAUCAAACAGUUUGAUGUUUACUACAAAACCCCCCAUUUCAUUUGGCAUAAAAACAACAACUUUUGAUCAAUUAGCCUCUGACACUCACUUGGUCUGUGCAGAAUCCCCUGGAGGCAUGUUGAGAAACAUUACAAGAAAAGUAGUGUUUGCAUCUCCAAGAUUUUCUGGUUCUUUCAAGGUUCAGUUUUCUUCACUUGGUACUAGUAGUAAUUGCGGUUUUCUUGGUUGUUCAAGUUCUGUUUUUUAUGGUGAAUUUGAUAAAUAUAGGCCUUUUGAGGGUGGUUAUUGGUCUAGGGAGGGUUUUUUAGAAAUGGGGUUUUUCGGGUUGCGAAAAGAUAGGAUUUUUAGUAGGAAUGAUGUUGGGUUUAAUGGGUUGGGUUUGAGGAGUUAUGGUAGUGUAGCUGAGAAUGUUGCGGUGUCGGGGACGGAUUGCGAGGAGGAGGGCAAUGAGGUUGAGGAGUUGUUAAAUGAAUUGAAGAAAGAAGAUAGGAGAGGGUAUCAGAGGAUGAGGUGGAGGCAGAAGAAGAGUGAAGGGGGUUUUAAGUAUCAGAAGCUUAGGAAGAGGCAGGUGAAGAUUGAGACGGAGGCGUGGGUGCAGGCGGUCAGGGAGUAUAGGAAUUUGUUGAAGGAGAUGUGUGAUCGGAGUUUAGCUCCGAAUUUGCCUUAUAUGAAAUCGUUGUUUCUUGGUUGGUUUGAGCCUUUGACUAAUAAGAUUAGUGAAGUUCAGGAAGUUUGUAGAUUGGGGAAGAAUAAAGCGUCAUAUGCGCCUUACUUUGAUCAGUUACCAGCUGAUAUGAUGGCAGUUAUAACAAUGCAUAAGGUGAUGGGAUUGUUGAUGGCAGGAGGUGGACAAGGCACAGCUAGGGUGGUACAAGCUGCCUGUGCGGUAGGGGAGGCCAUUGAUCAAGAGAUUAGGAUACACAACUUUUUGGAGAAGACAAAAAAUAAAAAAGCAAAGAAAGAUGCAAGAAAAGAAGAGGAUGCUGCGUCUGAUAUUGCAACUAUAGAAGAAGGGAAACUAAGAAAAACUGUUAAUAAUUUAAUAAAGAAACAGAAGCUACAAACAGUAAGGGCAAUAAUAAAGGGUCAGGAUCCUACGAAACCUUGGACACCAGACGCCAAAGCUAAGGUUGGGAGCCGUCUAAUUGAAUUGCUCUUGCAAAGUGCAUAUAUACAACCUCCAGCUGACCAGUUUGCUGAAGGUCCACCUGAUAUUCGACCAGCAUUUGUACACACGUUUAUCAGUGUAACAGAAUCAAAGGAGACUAAAAGAUAUGGCGUUAUCCAGUGUGACCCUGUUAUUCGCAGUGGACUUGACAAAACUGUCAGGCACAUGGUUAUCCCUUAUAUGCCAAUGUUGGUGCCUCCAGUCAAGUGGACAGGUUAUGACAAGGGGGCACACCUGUUUUUACCAUCAUACGUUAUGCGCAUUCGUGGAGCGAGGCAACAGAGGGAAGCUAUUAAGAGGGCCCCCAAGAAACAGUUGGAAUUUGUCUUUGAGGCCCUUGAUACACUUGGAAAUACCAAAUGGAGGGUGCACAAAACUGUACUUAAUGUUGUUGACAGGAUAUGGAAUAGCGGAGGUCGUCUUGCUGAUUUGGUUGACCGUGAUGAUCUUCCUUUACCAGAGCAACCGGACACAGAAGACGAAGCUGUUGUUAAGCAAUGGAAGUGGAAAAUUAAAAAAGUGAAGAAGGAAAACCGUGAAAGACAUUCACAGAGAUGUGAUAUAGAACUCAAGCUUUCUGUAGCGCGCAGGUUAAGGGAUGAAGAAGGCUUCUUUUACCCACACAACCUGGACUUUCGAGGUCGUGCAUACCCCAUACAUCCACACUUAAACCAUCUUGGUUCUGAUGUUUGUCGGGGUAUAUUGGAGUUUGCAGAGGGUCGACCUCUUGGAAAGUCUGGCCUACACUGGCUGAAGAUACACCUGGCAAAUUUAUAUGCUGGUGGUGUGGACAAAUUAUCUCACGAUGGCCGAAUAGCAUUUACUGAAAGUCAUCUUGAUGAUAUUUUUGAUUCUGCGGAUAAACCACUAGAAGGAAGGCGAUGGUGGUUAAAAGCAGAAGAUCCAUUUCAGUGUUUGGCUGUGUGUAUUAAUCUUUCUGAAGCUCUGAGGAGCUCAUCGCCUGAGACAACGAUUUCACAUAUUCCUGUACACCAGGACGGCUCUUGCAAUGGAUUACAGCAUUAUGCUGCCCUUGGAAGAGACAAGCUGGGAGCGGAUGCUGUUAAUUUGAUUGCAGGUGGUGAGCCUGCAGAUGUUUACUCUGGUAUAGCAGCUAGAGUUCUUAAAAUAGUACAGGAUGAUGCAAAGAAAGAUCCUGCAACUUUUUCCGAGGCAGUGUGUGCAAGAAAUUUAGUCAAUCAGGUAGACAGGAAGUUGGUGAAGCAGACUGUGAUGACCUCAGUAUAUGGUGUUACUUAUAUUGGUGCUCGUGAUCAGAUUAAAAAGAGGUUGAAGGAACGUGGUUCCAUUGAAGAUGAUGCAGAGCUCUUUCGUGCGGCUUGCUAUGCUGCAAGAGUUACAUUAACUGCACUGGGUGAGAUGUUUGAAGCUGCACGCAGUAUCAUGAGCUGGCUAGGAGAUUGUGCAAAGAUAAUUGCCUCCGAAAAUCAACCAGUGCGAUGGAUAACCCCGCUUGGACUCCCAGUUGUGCAGCCUUACCGGAAAUUUGGAAGACAUCAUAUUAGGACUUCGCUACAGGUUUUGACAUUGCAGCGGGAAACGGAAAAGGUCAUGGUCAAACGACAAAGAACAGCUUUCCCUCCAAAUUUUGUUCACUCCCUGGAUGGUUCUCAUAUGAUGAUGACAGCUGUGGCAUGCAAAAAGGCAGGACUCAAUUUUGCAGGGGUGCAUGAUUCAUAUUGGACACAUGCAUGUGAUGUGGAUGAAAUGAACAGGAUACUGAGAGAGAAGUUUGUUGAACUCUACGAAAGACCAAUAUUGGAAAACUUGUUGGAGGGAUUCCAGAAGUCUUUCCCCACAUUAUGCUUCCCACCUCUCCCCGAACGUGGAGACUUUGAACUGAAAGACGUCCUCGAGUCACUCUAUUUUUUUAACUAAUCUGUCAGUCAGCAAUGCUCAUCUACAAUUAAUUAUGUUCCUUUCUUGCUGACAAUGCAUUGCAAGCAACUUUUACCAAGAUAUUGAUUGUCAGAGGCUUGUUGGAGUUGGCCAUUAGCAAAAUGGAGGUUCCACUAUCUGAUCCCCCCCCCCCCCCUCCUUCCAGAAGUUUCCUCCGUCAAGCGGCUGAAGCACCCCCCUACCCUCUCCAGAAGUCUCUACCCUGCAGCGGCUGAAGAUGUCUACAGUGCAUAGGUAUCAUACCAUUUUGUAAAGUUAUUCCAGUUUCUAUACAUAUCAUAGGAUAGUUUGUAUAAUUGUAUUAACAACAAAGAUUCUUUGCUACGUAUAUAUUCAAAGCAAAUUCAGUUCACUACGGAUACUUAUCAUCAUUCUUUAACUUUGAUCUCACCGUCAUCUAUUUUCCCGUUUUUUUUUAUUUAAAAGUUGUUCUCGAUUAGUCUCAGCCUUUCACCUCAUUUAUAGCAGUGUCUGAUAUGGUUCAUUUAACUUCUUUGUUAUGUUAGUUCAUAACUGUACUUCGUAACUAGAUAUGGCUUAUAUAUUGAAUGUGAAUCUUAGUGUUUUUAUCGUUGUUAUUCAGCAUAUGAUAACGCGAUAGCAUUUGAAUUGAAUCGUACUACCAAGGAGCAAAGGAGCCAUAUCGAUUAAGAUCAAUAUGCCUGAAUUUCAAGAAAAUAAAUAAAGAGAAUCUGAAGUUACCAAAAAAUAGAAUAUUUAUAUUUUUAGUAAUACUUGUACAUUUAACAUCACCAGCAAAUUUGAAAUACAUAGACUAUGAGAUUUACAGUAGUAUCAAGAAGAGCACAAGGGUU